CAAUGCUGAUGGUCUUUUCCCUUUCAGAUGCUGCUGUCAGUGGUCCUGGCUGUUCUGGGAUUUGCUGGAGGAGCAUACUGUGUGGUCAUCUCCUCACUGGGGCUGAUUGGGGGCCCUCUGUGUGACACAGGUGAUGGAGAAUACCUCUAUCCUUUCAGGAAUGACACUCUGGAAGGCAAUUAUUUGUUCAAUCAGACAACAUGGAGCAUUUGCAAAGAACCUGAAAACAUCAUCCUUUGGAAUAUCAUCCUUUUCUCUAUUCUCCUGGCCAUUGGUGUGAUUGAAGCUGUUCUUUGUUUUAUUCAAGUCAUCAAUGGACUCACUGGCUUCAUAUGUGGCACAUGCAUGAGGAAAAGAAAGACAAAUAUUUCUGGAAUGUGAAUGACCUCCAGGACAAGCACUGAGCUGCCGAUUCACAUACAAUAAGGAUAGUGCACUGUGAUGUAUUUAUGAGGGGGCAAUAGAGAAAACCUAAAAUGCCACAAGUUUCAUGGGGGAAAUGAAUUUUUUCAUAAAGAACUCAGGGUGGAAAAGAUCUGGAUCACUUAGAUCUGAGACUGCAGCUUUUAAUCUCUCUAAAUAUAUCUACUAGAUCUAUGUAGGUAUUGGCAAAAACACCAAUGUUUCUGGUCCUGACUGCCAUACUUGAACAUAAAACACAACAGUCCCCAUAUAAACCUCACCACUUGUCCCUUGUGUAUAUGGGAAUCUGAACCAUUGUUAAUGUACACAUUUAUCAGCUUCACCAAGCAGGAGCUCUCUGGCUGGAUGUAAAUAACCUCCCAUCUCUGAAAAUAUCCCACCAUGAGCUCCAGCUUGUUGCUAUUAACUUGCUAACUGGGCACUUACAGAUUUCAAUUAGGAUGUGCAUGGAACAUAUUGGGUGGCAUAUGUGACACCAUAGAGGCAGGCAACUGAAGCACAGUUUUCAGCCACUUUGGAGCCAAAUCCCCUCGUGCCCAUUCAGUAGCUUGCUGUCAUGCUUGACAAAGUCCAGUGCACUUCUAAAUCAGUUCUUCAGAAGCAUCUAAGAGAUGUGGCAUUUGAGUCUAUAUAGAUAAUAGGGGUUGCAGCAAGAGUUUAGAGAUGUCUGGUUUCAUGAAACAGUGGAGAACCUCACCACCAAUUUUGCCACCCAGAGACUGCAUAGGAAUUUCACUGAUUUCUACAAAGGUCUGUAGGGCUGUUCUAGAAUAGGACACAUGGACAAAGCAAUUAACUGGUAAAGAUAAGCAUUACAUCGAUAAAGGUAGUAAUUACAUGCAGCUUCGUAGCAAAUAAGAGAUACAAUCUGAAAGGCAACAAAUUGCAUCAGUCUUGGUGUUAACAGCUACAGUAAUCCCAAGUGUGAACUGCAUAAUUUCCUCAUCACUACUCAAGAUUAAGGCCUUGAUGCUGAAGUCCAUGACCAACAAAUUUCAGAAGCCCCAUCAUUUCAGUGACUUCCUCAAAGGUUAAUUCCUGCAUGUGCCACUGACUUCACUGAGUCAGCCAAACUGUAAGAUGAUCUUUAUCCAUCCUGAAUGCACGUACACAGUUGUGAAAAUCUGAAUAUAUUUAAAGCAUUUGGAGUCCAUUUUUCACAGAGAAACACUGAUGUUUUGUCAGUCAAAAGUUGUUCACAUUUCUGCAUUGUAGCAUAGGAGCAAGUUAUCUGAGCACAGUUAAUGCAGACACAUGUGGCUGUGCUGUCCUCUAAUGCAGCACACAAAAUGCUUUGUAUUAGUGUCCCAUUUAUACAAAAUGGGGAAGAAAACAUCAGCUGUGCUAGAUGAGGAGCAUGAGUAUACUGCCUUGGAGCAUCGCUUCAUCCCUAAAGCAGGAAAUUUGACACAUAAAACUUAAAAGUACCUUUUGUAAAAGAAAAAGAUGUGUAAGACUUGUCAAAGUUUGCAGUCGUAGCUAGGAGCAUCCAAACCUGCCAGGUGGCUUAAAUGGUUCAUGUCCAUUGUCAGCAGUGAAGCCUGGGCAGUGCUAUGAUAUAAAGCAGACAUCAAAAUAAAGCCAACUGAUUCAACCAGGAAAAGACUCAAGGAGGCAGUUAGAAGCAAGGAUAUUCAUCAUGCAGUCAGGCACAGACAGACUCCUUCAUCAGCAGAGGUGCUCUAUGAGCUCUUCAUGGUCCCUAAACACCAACCCUGUCUUUAUCCUUUAGUCUUGCCUCCUUGACUCUCAUCUCAAUGAUAGAGCCAGUUUAGGCUGUGCCAGCACAGGGAAAGGGAGCGGUAUCCAGGGGCAUACACCACCUCCAGCAUGGAAAAGUGCAUGCACUGUACUGCUGCCAUCUGCUUGCUCCAAGCUGUUCUGCCCUGGUGGUGCUCAGUGUCAUGACUGCGUGCUUACAGGGACACCUCUGUCCUGACAACUGUGUGAUCACUGGCCUCCCUGAUAUAUGUAAAUAUUAAAUAUUGUCAUUCUGAGGUGAUUUUUCUGUCUUGGCUUGUGUGACCUGAAGGACUUCAAACUAGCUCCAGCAGGAAGAGACAUGGAACAACACAGAAAACAGAGUUAAAGUGUCUAGCUUGAACCACCAAAAAGCAGUCUUUUCUGGGACAGGCAUCAAGCUACGUAGUCGAUGGAGAGAGGUAGCCUUCCUCCACCGCACACUGAAAGAGAUGACUAAGGCAAAUGGGAGGCAUUGCCUUUCUGGGCAAGAUUGGAACUGGAUCUGCAAGUUGGAACUAGAUGAUCUUGAGGUCCUUUCCAACCCUUACCAUUCUAUGAUUCUAUGAAGAUCCAGUUGUCUACCCUAGACAGGAGCAUUUGGUGCCAUUUGAAAUGCAGCAAAGCAUCCUGCCCAUCCUCCAGAUGCAAUGUAGUACAUGUCUUCUGUCAUACCUGAGGGCCACUCGCAGAUGUCUAGAGACCCAAGUAUCUCAGCUGGAGCUACCAACACAGGGGAGUGGGUGACCAAGGCAAUGCCUCUCUCUUAGAAGCUAAAGAGUCACUUACCCAAGAUGCAUAAAGGUGGCUAAAAUUUGGUGAAAUCUUCGUGUUUUUUUGGAUUGCCUUAUUCACCUUUUGCAUGAGUCAAAGCCUGACCUCGCAGAAGUAUCAUGAGAGCCUUCUCUGGGAGCCGAUCAGCACAUAGCAACUGGGGCAGCUGCUCACAUCAGGCACUGCAGGGAGACCUGCAAAUCCAGGCUUUUCUGGGCUUGGCUUCAGAAGAAAAUGACUACAUAAUACUACUACUACUAAGUUAAAUUUGGACAGAGUUGGGUGAAAUAAAGAUAACGUGUUCCAGGAUUGGGAUUACUACAGAUUUCAAGGGGUUUUGUUGGUGGUGUUGGUUUGGGGUUUGGUUUGGGGUUUUUUCCAAAAUGGAAUUAUUUCAGGGAAAUCUCCUAAGAAAGGAAGAGGCAUUUUGUCUCUGAAAUAUGUUAUGCAUUGGACACAUGAAGAAUUUAGUAAAACUAAAGAACUCAUAAUAUACUUCUACAUCUAUCUUUAAUCUCUAAUCAUAGCCCGCCAGG